AUGCCGUGCGGCCCACCGUUGAGCUGCAGACACGAAGGGCAGGAGGUCAAGACCAAAGAAAAAGCUGCCCCACCUUUCUCAAAUCCAUUCCGAUGGCCUCUCCCACCAGCAGCCGAGUCCACCGGGGGCCGUGCUUCGCGCUGGCCGGCGGCGUGCCCACGCGCGGCAUCCAGACGAGAAGCGCGCGCACGCCUUGGGCGGCGCCGCGCCUCGCUCCGCGCCCGUGCCAAAGAAUACGGCAGCGGCGUGCGACGAUGCAGCUGCCACCGGCGUCGCACGUGGAGCACUACGAGCCGCCGCUGUCGGAGGAGCAAGUGGGGCCGCCGGACUACAAGUGGGACCCGGCGUACCCGGGCACGAUGAAGCCGGGCACCGUGGACGACAACUACCCGCUGCAGCGCGUGCUGGACUCGGACGUGUACGAGGACAUGCAGUACGAAGAGCUGGACAUGGACGACCGCACGCCGCGCGUCUUCAUCCCCGGCGAGGACAUGCUCCAAUGGCUCUCCAACCAGGGCCGCCUCAUGCCCAAGGAUAUUAGCGACCAGGACUUCGAGCUUGAGGCCGAUAAACAGAUGAGCGCCAUCACAGAGGAGGACCUGGAGUACGGAGACGAUGAUUCCAAGAUGAUCGCCUACUACUCCAAGCAGGGCCAGAGCAACACCGCGGGUAGCGGCACGGACUUUGGCGGCUUUCCAGACUUUACGGGAGACGGCCCAGGCAUGUAGAAGGGCGGUGUAACAGGGCGGUGUAACAGGGCGGUGUGAAAAGUAAACCAACGGGAGUGACAGAUUACAAAA